AUGAGAGCCCCGCGGGCGGCCCCGGCGCUGCCGCCGCCGCUGCUGCUGCUGCUGCUGCUCGGCCCCGCCGCCCGGGCGGCUCCCAGGGACGGGGUGCUGCGACCUGAGCCCCUCGCGGCCGUGGGGACGGAUCCCGGCCCCGACCCGCUGAGCCCGGAUCUCCCCGCUCUGCAGUUGCUGCGUAGCGCUGUGCGGAGUCUGGGACCGCCGCAGCGGGACGCGGACGAGAUGACAAGGGAGCAGGCUCUGCUCUUCCUCUUCGCGAUGCACGACCACGACCGGAGCGGGCAGCUGGACGGACUGGAGCUGCUGCAGCUGCUGGGGGCGGUGCUGACCCAGGGGGGCGCGGGGCGGCCCAGCUCCGAGGCGGUGGCCGCGCUGGUGGACCGAGCUCUGGAGCAGCGGGACCGCAGCGGGGACGGACUCCUGGACCUCCCCGAGUUGCUGCUGCCCGCCCCGGCACGUGGACCCCCGAGAGGAGGCGGCGCUGCACUCGAGGGGAGGGCAGAGGGGCACGCUGGGGAGCAGGACGGGAUCCCCGCGGUGGGGGAGGAGACGCUGGGGGAGAACGUGGGGGCGAGCAGCCCCCAAGAGGGACAGGUUCUGCAGGGGGAUGGCGACGUCCAGGCAGAGGAGCAGGGAAUCCCCAAGAUCGGAGCCCCCUUGGAAGAGGACGAGACGGCGGAAUCGGAGACGGCCAUCGAGGACAGAGAGCCCCGGGUCGAGCCCUCCGAGGCGCCGGCAUCCCCCGCCUUGGGGGAUCCCAGGGAGAUGUAGGCGCGAGAAGGGGCUGCGGGCAGUUCCCCGCCUCACGGCUGUGGGGGCUGUCAGAGCUGUCGGAGCUGAGGGUCUCCCCACGCGCUUCCCCCGCCGCAGCGGGCUCGGUGGCGAGGGGAGGGGGGAGUCAGGACACGCGGGUUCGCGCUGUAACGCGGGGCCGAGGAAUACAGCCGCUGCUGCCCA